AUGGAAGUUUAUUUUAACAUUCGACUUAAAUAUGAAUGUAAACUUAAUAAUUUAAGUAAGGAAACUUGUAGGAAUAAGUUAAAUAAGAUUGCCCUGUUUAAAGGCCAAUUGAGACAGACACUUCCCGUUAUUCCAUGUUCAACGUACGCUGAUGAAAUCAACACUUGCUUAAAAUCAUCGCGACUGUGGCGUAAUAUUGAAAAAGUACAACUGACAGUGAACAUGCACGUUCAAAUGCUUCAGGAUUCAUCCGCCGAAACUUUCUCAAAACAACUGUUAGAUAUUGGCAAUGGAAAAGUUGCUGUACAUGAAAAUACGGGAUGCAUAAAACUGCCAACCGAUUUCUGCACAAUCAUCAACUCGCAAAAUACUCUCAUCGAUCACAUAUAUCCCGAUGUACAAACACAAUACAAAAAUCUUGAGUGGCUGGCAGAAAGAGCGAUUUUGGCAGCAAAAAAUGUGGACGUCAAUCAAUUAAAUUCCAAGAUACAAUAUUUGUUGCCAGGGGACUUGGUGUCAUACAAAACUGUCGAUGCAGUUUGCGAUGCCAACAAAGCUGUGAAUUAUGCAAUUGAGUUUUUAAAUUCAAUCGUUGCGAUUACGAUUGAACGUUGGAUCUCCGGUUAUUUUGCUUCAUUUGGGUACACCAUGCCUUUCCCACGGACAUAUGUGGCAUGUUCUCGCGUGGGAAAACCAUCCAGUUUGUUUGUAUUGGCUAGAGACGGACUGAUCAAAAAUAUUGUACACCCCAUUGUGCUGAGAGAUUAA